AUGUCACAUCCACACAGAGCCUCCUCCACGAACAGUACAGUUAACCAAGACGAUGAUGAGGACGAGAUUGUUGUUCCUUCCAGACGCCGGCAGCAACAGAAGUCACGAGGAAUCUCCAAAGUAGAUGAUGAUAUAGAUGCGACGGGGUCGACCACCACAGCGGAUGCCGCUGGUAACGGGUCCAACAGUGGGUACUCCUGGGAGGAUGAGUACCGCCGGUCGUGGGACAUUGUCCAAGAGGACGAAAGUGGGUCCAUUGCGAGUCUGGUUAGUGGACUAGUGGAUACACAGCGGAAACGGUCGCAUAUCAAUGCCACUCCAUUUCAGAGGGGGAUUAUCCGUACAGUGGUGCUAGUCUUGGAUUGUUCCCAGGUGAUGCGAGAGAAGGACUUCCGCCCAAACCGGCAUUCCUUGACAGUGAAGUAUGCCGUGGAGUUUGUACAUGACUUCUUUGAGGAAAAUCCCAUCUCUCAGCUGGCCGUUGUCGCCAUGCGAAACGGUCUUGCCCAUUGUGUCUCUCCCAUGAGCGGGAACCCCAGUGAACAUGUGGAUGCUCUCCAUACUUUGGGGAGAGUCGAUCCGGAAGGUGGGCCGUCUCUUCAGAAUGCCCUUGAAAUGGCCCGUGGCCUUCUUGCACACACUCUUGGCCAUGCCACGAGGGAGAUAGUCCUAGUGUUUGGUGCACUCUUUACUGCCGAUGCAGGCGAUAUACAUGCGACCAUAAAAAGAUUGGCCAAGGAGAAGGUUGCUGUCCGUGUCAUUGGGCUAGCGGCCAGGGUUGCCGUUUGUGAAGAGCUGGUACGGGCCACCAAUGCCAAUGCCAAUCCGAAAGAUGCCUACAACGUGGUGCUCAAUGAGACGCAUUUCAGAGAACUCGUGCAGGAGUGUGUGGCCCCACUGGGGGUCCCCAAGGACGGUAGCACUGAUGCACAUGCCCUUGUCAAGAUGGGUUUCCCCUCUAGAGUGGCCGAAAGCUCUCCAACGCUCUGUGCAUGUCAUUCACAACUAGUGUGUGGCGGAUAUACCUGUCCACAAUGUACAAGUCGGGUGUGUGCACUACCGGCAGUGUGCCCCUCCUGUGGACUGACAUUGGUUCUCUCGACACACUUGGCCAGAUCCUACCACCACCUCUUCCCUCUCAAACUCUUUGUGGAGUCUCCAGCUGGUAAUGGGGGGAAACUGAAUGGGAAGGCCAAACGAUGCUUUGCCUGUGCACAGGUCCCAUUGACAAGCUACACUUGCUCAGACUGCCACAACACCUUCUGCACCACGUGCGAUGUGUUUAUCCAUGAGACACUCCACAUUUGUCCUGGCUGUGAGAGCAGACCCAGCCACUAG